AGCAGGCCGGGGGCACGGAAUAUCUAUGCACGCGCGUCGAUAUGGAUGGCUCCGCGCCAGGAUUUAUAACCCCCUGCGCCCUGAACCCGGAUCAGGGUAUCUGCCUGUCCCCCACGAGGAGACAGAGGUCAGCCAGGUGCCGAAGGCCCGUGUGGAUGGCGACCAGGAGUUUGGGGGGACGGAGGCAAGGAAGGCGAUGGAAAAGAAGCUGUUGAGGAAGUUGGACCUCAGGAUGUCGAUUUUGAUCGUGAUUUAUAUCUUGAACUAUAUUGAUAGGAAUAAUGCUUCAGCCGCUAGACUUCGAGGCUUCGAAGCGGAUUUGCAUCUCAAGGGACAGGAAUUUAAUACUAUACUCAGUAUCCUUUAUGUGGGCUACAUUAUCAUGCAGAUACCUUCGAACAUGUUCCUCAACUAUAUUGGGCGGCCGUCAUUAUACCUGCCUAGCUGUAUGAUCAUCUGGGGUACACUAUCCAUCCUCACCGGGAUAACUAACAACUUUACCGGCGCUCUCCUCACGCGCUUCUUCCUCGGCUUCGUCGAGGCCGCCUUCUUCCCUGGCGCGCUCUUCCUGCUCUCAAAGUGGUACAAACGCUCCGAGCUCGGCGUGCGCACCGCGCUCCUCUCGUGCGGCUCGCUCAUCUCCAACGCCUUUGGCACGCUCCUCGCGUCGGGCAUCCUCGACGGCAUGGAGGGCAAGAUGGGCCGCGCCGCGUGGCGCUGGCUCUUCUACAUCGAGGGCGCGCUCACUGUCUUCUUCGCCAUCCUCGCGAUCUUCAUCCUCCCCGACUUCCCCGCGACGACGCACGGCUGGCUGUCCCCGCUCGAGGUGCGCCUCGCGGAGAAGCGCAUGGAGGAGGACGUCGGCGUCGGCGACGAGGACCAGACGGAGCCCGCUGGCCAUAUGGCGGGCCUGGUAAUGGCGCUGACGGACUGGAAGGUGUGGUGGCUGGCGCUCGCGCUGACGAGCAUGGUCGUAAGCCUGAGCUUCAACGCGUUCUUCCCGACGUUGAGCGCGACGAUGGGGUUCAACACCACGGUCACGCUGCUCCUGUGUGCCCCACCCUGGGUUUUUGCCACCGCUAUCGCUUUCUUGGAUACGAGGCAUUCGGACAAGUCAGGAGAGCGGUUCUACCAUGUUGCCGUCCCGCUGGCAUUUGGGAUCGUUGGAUUUAUCAUCGCGGUGUCGACAAUGAACACCGCCGCUCGAUACAUCUCUCUCUUCUUGAUGGCCCAGUCCUACGCAGGCUUCAUUACUUUCUUAACGUGGGUCAGCAACACCUUCGCUCGGCCACCAUCGAAGCGAGCGGUUGCUCUCGCGUGGGUGAACGCGUUCUCGCAGCUGGGUAACAUCGCUGGAUCCUAUGUCUGGCCGAAGGGGUGGGGGCCCACCUACCGCUACUCCUAUGCCAUCUGCAUAUCCUGCAAUGGUCUCACAAUCAUCAUGUGCUUGAUUUUCCGGUGGCACCUUGCGCGGCUGAAUAAAAAGGCUGAGGAGCGCGAGGCGGCGGAGGGGAGAGAGAAAGGGUACCGCUACAUGUUGUGAUUUUAUGAUUGUAAUGGAAAAUAAAUGGAUUUUGAUGACUC